AUGUCUACCAGAGCAGAAGCUGAGGCAAUGGGACAUAUUUCCAGUGAUGGCAAUUUCAAUAUGGCUCAAGCACAAACCUCCAGGAAAGGCUUUUGUUCAGUCCGACACGGGCUGGCCCUCAUCGUGCAUCUCUGCAAUUUUUCGAUUUUCACCCAACAAAUGAACCUGAGCAUAGCCAUCCCAGCUAUGGUGAACAACACAGCCCUGGCUGGCCCAUCCAACACCUCCACAGAGAGGCCUCCCACCGCCCCCCAGGACAGCUGGAGUGAAACUCUAAAAGAAUUUAAGCCAAUGGCCCCUACGUAUGACUGGAGUCCUGACAUGCAGGGGAUCAUUCUCAGCUCUCUCAACUAUGGCUCCUUCUUGGCUCCAAUCCCUAUUGGCUACAUGUCUGGAAUAUAUGGAGCGAAGUACUUGGUUGGUAUUGGUCUGUUUCUUUCCUCGGUCUUGACCUUCUUCAUCCCACUGGCAGCUGAUGCUGGAGCGGCCUUCCUUGUUGUCAUUCGGAUAGUUCAAGGCAUAACCCAGGGUAUGGUAUUAACAAGUCAGUAUACAAUUUGGGUCAAGUGGGCUCCCCCACUGGAAAAGAGUCAGCUCAUCAACAUUGCCAUAUCAGGGCAACUGCUGGGAUCCUUCAUCAUUUUCCUCAUCGGUGGUUUCCUGUGCCAGACCAUAGGGUGGCCUUAUAUCUUCUAUAUCUUUGGUGGAAUUGGCUGUGCCUGUUCUUUUCUCUGGUUUCCUCUUUUUUAUGACAACCCCAUAAAUCAUCCGUUUAUCAGCACUGGUGAGAAGGAAUACAUCAUGCGUUCACUGGCUCAGCAGGACUCUUCACCAGCCUGGUCUCUGCCCAUUAAGGCUAUGGUCAGAUCCCUACCACUUUGGGCCAUUUUAAUCUUUCAUUUCACUGAAUUCUGGAGUUUUUAUAUUUUUAUGGACUACACACCAACAUACUUCAGCACCAUACUUCAAGCUAACGUAAGAGACAGUGGGAUCCUCACAUCCCUGCUGUUGGUGGCUGCCUUUAUCUGCACUAUCUUCGGAGGUCUAUUGGCAGAUUUCCUUCUCUCCAGAAAACUCCUCCGACUCAUGAGCAUCAGGAAACUGUUCACCGCCAUAGGGGUUCUCGUCCCAUCUGCAGCCCUCGUGUCCCUGCACUGGACCAGAUCCAGCCUGAGCGCCACCAUGGCCUUGUUGGCACUGUCUUUCAGCACCACCACUUUCUGCCAAGUAGGCGCUUUUGUUAACUUCUUGGACAUCGCUCCUCGGUACACUGGCUUUCUCAAGGGACUAUCACAAGUCUUUGCUCACACAUCGGGAGCCAUUUCUUCCACUCUUGCUGGAUUUAUAAUGAAUCAGGAUUCCGAGUUUGGCUGGAGAAAUGUCUUCUUGAUUUCAGCUUCUGUGAACGUAUCAGGCCUGGUCUUCUACCUGAUCUUCGGGCAAGCAGAGGUCCAGGACUGGGCCACAGAGCAGACACUCACUUAUUUCUGA